AUGCAUAGCACCUCUCAAGGAGGUAGUAUGGCUGCUACUCUACUACAGCAGAAAACCUUCAUGAACGGUCUCGCUGGCGGUUCGUCCAGCAGUUCUGGCACCGGCAAUACGGAUGGAAGCGUCAGCAAUCCGGCAGUGGCUAACACCGGUACCUCCACGGCUAUAGUAGGCACACCGUCGGCAGGUGGUGGUGUCGGUAUAGUGAAAACGUUUCUGCCCGUUUCGAAGACGCUCAUUCAUCACCUGCUGCCUAAUCAUACGCUGCCAACAGACCAUCACAAUUCCAGUGGUACGCUGGUGCAUCGCGGCAACAAUGCCACCGGCGCAUUCGUCGUUGUGGCUGCACCAACACUCGAUAACAUAAGCAACAAUCAUCACAGAACUGAGCAAUAUCGAACAAAUCGUGGUACGACUAGUGUAAGUACAUUUAACAUUCUAUCACCGAGCGGCUGUGAAGAUCCACCCGCCAGUGCGCUGGAUGAGAUCUUCAGUCCUUUACCUCGUGCGGUAGAAUCAACCGCGCAGCCUUUGGAAAUCGAUAACGAUUGUGUGUGGGACGCAAUUGAACCUCCAGCGCCCGUUGGACAGCAACAAACCACCGCACCAACCAAUCAUGCCUCAAUCAACUCGCACCACGAGAUGGACAGUUUACACGGCGAUUUGCAUAAUGUCGACGAAAGGGAAUUGAUGGGGAGUUCAGGAAAUCCAGACGGAUCAGCAGUCUGUCCAAUUUUGCCUACUGAGCAAACAGAACGUUCCGAAACAAAGACCGAACUAAUGCCAGCCGUGGUGGAAGCCGGUGAAGAACAGGACCCCGAACCGGAGCCGGAAAUAGAUAUUGUCAUCAACAAUGUAGUUUGCUCGUUUAGUGUUCGCUGUCAUCUAAACCUGCACGACAUCGCACUCAAUGGUGAUAAUGUUGAGUUUCGGCGUGAGAACGGCAUGGUGACAAUGAAAUUGCGGCGCCCAUACACGACUGCCUCGAUCUGGUCUUCAGGGAAGAUCACUUGCACGGGCGCAACAUCUGAAGAUCAGGCCAAAGUUGCAGCACGUCGGUAUUCGCGUUGUCUGCAAAAGCUCGGUUUUAACGUGCGGUUGCGGAAUUUUCGUAUCGUCAACGUACUCGGCACUUGUGCCAUGCCGUGGGGUAUCAAAAUUGUCAACUUCUCAGAGAAGUACAAAAAAGACGCUAGUUACGAGCCGGAGCUGCAUCCCGGUGUCACGUACAAGCUGCAUUCGCCACGUGCCACGCUGAAGAUAUUUUCCACUGGAAGUAUCACCGUUACCGCUGCCAGUGUGGCGUUUGUGCAAUCAGCAAUAGAGCACAUUUUCCCGCUGGUGUAUGAAUUCCGCAAAAAGCGUACUCCACACGAACGGCUUGAACUGCUCAAACAGCCGCCCGUCUUCGAUCCGAAGGACUUUGAUCUACCGGAAGACUGCGAUCUCGAUCCGGCUGGUGCAACGUGCCGAGCACCGCUGGAGGACGAGCAGGAACAGCUCGGCACGUCGGAAGAUUAUGAAAUGCGGCAGGAAGAUACUGCUGGCAGCAGAAAUGGUAACACCAAAGCAAUAGACAAAAGCAAUAGUAUUAGGACAGAGUGUGCUGUAAAAGGGGGGCAACGUUUUGCGCGCUAA